AUGGCAAGAAGGUUGUUGGGACCAUCCAGUGAGAGAGCAGAGCGAUACCAAGGGAGGAUCACAGGCUUUGUAGUCAUCGCUUGCCUUGUCGCAGCCAUUGGUGGAUGCUUGUUCGGAUACGACAUCGGUGUCUCAGGUGCAGUCACAUCAACGGAUGAGUUCCUCAGUGAGUUUUUCAACGACGUGUACAAGAAGAAGCGGAAUGCUCAUGAAGACAACUACUGCAAGUUCAACGAUCAAGGACUCGCGGCGUUUAACUCGACAAUGUACAUCGCCGGCAUGGUUGCCACUCUUUUGGCCUCACCGAUAACAACAAACUAUGGACGGCGUGCAAGCAUCAUAUGCGCCGGAGUCUUCUAUCUCAUCGGAGCUGCUGUAAACGCUGGAUCGAUGAACCUCGCUAUGCUUUAUCUUGGACGGAUCUUGCUCGGUUUUGGCGUUGGGUUUGAAACUCAGGCAGUUCCUGUGUAUUUAUCAGAGGUGGCACCAGCGAAUAUGAGAGGUGGACUCACCGUUUUGUUUCAGUUAGCAACAACUCUUGGGAUCUUUGCGGCGAGCAUGAUCAGUUACGCCACACAGAACCUCAAUCCUUGGGGAUGGAGGCUCUCUCUCGGCUCAGCUGCUUUGCCGUCUCUUCUCAUGGCUUUCGGAGGUUAUUUACUUCCGGAGACUCCACACAGCUUGAUCGAGAGAGGGUUAACGGAGAAAGGCCUUGAGGUUCUUGAGAAGCUUAGAGGAACAAGAAACGUAGACGCCGAGUUUCAAGAUAUGGUAGUGGCUAGCGAGAUGGCGAACUCUGUCAAGCAUCCUUUCAAGGACAUGUUGCGGAAACAAUACAGGCCUCAACUUGUCAUGGCGGUUCUCAUGCCUACGUUUCAGAUCCUCACCGGAACAAAUUGCAUUCUCUUCUACGCGCCGGUUCUGUUCUUGAUGAUGGGGUUUGGGGAAGACUCUCUCCUCUACUCCGCAGUCCUCAUUGGAGUUGUCCUUUUCAUCUCGAGUUUUGUUUCCAUUGCAUUCGUAGACCGAGUAGGACGACGAGCUUUGCUCAUUAGUGGCGGAUUGCUGAUGAUCAUCUGUCAGGUCAUAGUCUCGGUGAUCUUGCGAUACAAAUUUGGAGACAAUCAAGAGCUAUCAAGAGGAUACUCAAUCUUGUUGGCAAUCUUUUUCUCUAUUUUUCUUUUGGGGUAUGGAUGGUCAUGGGGUCCUCUUGCAUGGACUGUACCGAGUGAGAUAUUUCCCUUGGCGACGCGUUCUUCGGGGUUACGUAUUGCGGUUGCUGUCAAUCUCCUCUUCUCGUUCAUCACUGCUCAGUCUUUUCUGUAUCUCCUAUGUGCACUGAAAUUUGGGAUUUUUCUUUUCUUUGCUGGUUGGCUUGCCUUGAUGACCAUUUUUGUCUACUUCUUGUUGCCCGAGACUAAAGGAGUGCCGAUUGAAGAGAUGUCACUCUUAUGGAGGAAACAUUGGUUCUGGAAGAAACUAUUGCCUGAUAUGCUUGAAGCUGAGAGCAGUUCUCUGCAAACUAGAUAA